AUGUGCAAGCAGUUCGACUACUACGAGAUUCCAUGCUCCCAUGCUGUUGCUGCAGCCAUGUUUCGGAAUGUGAACAGGUACACGUUUUGUUCACCGAAAUAUAGUUUAGAGACACUAAUUACUGCAUAUGCUGAACCUAUCUAUCCACUGGAAGACGAGGACGAUUGGGUUCUGCCGAAUCACUUUGUCGAAUUCCCCAUCGAGCCCCCAAAGUACAUUCCUCGGGUUGGACGGUGGCAAACUAUACGGAUACCGUCUGCCGGAGAGCCGCACCAAGUUCAUAAAUGUAGCAGGUGUGGACUCCGAGGGCACAACUGCAAACCUUGCCGCCAACCAUUACGAACCACGGACGCUUAA